ACUUUUGUUGAUUGUUUCCUGCAGUCGCGUGACUGAAGCUGGGAAGCAGCAGAUAUCGGCGCCAGGAGACAAGAUGUCCCUCACUGUGAAAAACCUUUCUGUUACUUACAAUCCUAUCAAUCAGGGCAAUACCUUCACCAGUGGGGAUUUUAUAUCGGGACAAGUCAUUCUGGAUGUAGCGAAGGACACAAAAAUGCAGUCGUUGAGUGUGAAAAUUAAAGGUAAAGCAGAAGUGCACUGGACCGAACGUCACGGCAAAACCACUGUGGUUUACUCGGAUAAGGAGAAGUUUUAUUCCGUGGAGAGAUUUUUUGUUCGGGAGGACAUAAAACAUGGAAAUGAGAUGCUGAAAGAUCCAUCAGGACAGCCGUAUUCUUCUGUUCUGGCACCAGGGCGUCAUGUUUACCCAUUUACCUUUCAGUUGCCUCUACAGCACUUCCCACCAACCUUCAAAGGUUCAGUUGGAAAAGUUGUCUACACUUUGGAGACAAAACUUUCCAGAUCAAUGCGUAUUUCCAGCAAAGACAAAACCGAGUUUCAUUAUGUCCCCAGACCAGUUGUGUCCAAUCCUGAACUAAUGGCACCUCAGCAUGGAGCCAAAGAUAAACAAAUGAAACUCUUCUCUUCUGGGAGUGUCUCGAUGAACAUAAACACUGAGAAAAUGGGAUACUACCUUGGAGAGGGCUUGAAAGUUUUGGCUGAAGUUCAGAACAGUUCUUCCCGUACAAUCAAACCAAAAUACUGCUUGUAUGAAAAACACAGCUUUUUUGCUAGAGGAAAGAGAAAACUUCACACACAUGACCUGCUUAAAGAGGCAGGGGAACCCAUUGAGCCAAACUCAAAGAAAACUGUCACCAAAAUGCUGUCCAUUCCACCCAGCCUUGCCAUAUCUAUCCUAAACUGUAGGAUCCUCAAGGUUGAGUACAGACUCAGGGUCUACCUGGAUGUGCCAUAUGCGUCAGAUCCAGAGAUUAAAUUCCCAGUUGUGAUUCUUCCUCCUCCGCCUGUCUCAGGGGCUACAAACAGUGACUUUGGAAUCUGGAAUCAUCCACCAGGAAGCAAUGUGUACCCCAACCCACCUCCUAUGGCUUCACGUGCCCCACCACUUAACGUGGUUGGACCACCUGGUCAGUUUGGUGCCCCUGGCUACUAUGGACCUCCUCUGAAUUCGUUUCCUGCUCCUGGUUACCCUGGACCUCGGGGUCAGUUUGUUCCACCUAGUUUCCCUGGUCACUUUGGUCCUUUAGUUUCAAAUCAGUCUGACCCAUCAGCUCCACCUCCUUAUCAGGAAUAUCAAUUUUAUCCACAGUGGCCAGACCACCCUGAAAAAUCUUGACAAUGUGAUUUUUAGAAUCACCUUAGAUUUCUUUUGUGUUAUUGUUUUAUCUAUAAUUUUGAACUUAUUUAUAUAUACCUGUAUAUCCUUUUACAUUUUAGGUAGUGAUGUUGACUGUUAAUAAGUAAACAACAUUCUAUACUAUUUAUUUUUGUAUUUCUGAACCUUCAGUAUAGUGCUACAUUUUACAUCCCAUGAAAAAUAUAUUUCCUGCUUUAUCUGUUAAAGGGGUUAUAUGAUGCUUUUUUAAAAGAUCAUUAUUUUGUGUAUUUGGUUUAACAGAAUAUGUUGACAUGCUUUAAUGUUCAAAAAACACAUUAUUUUUAAAAUACUGUACAUUAUUGUAGGUCCUCUAUGCCACGCCUCUUUCAAACGUUUUUUUAUAAAGUCCCUCCUUCCAACAAGCGCAGUUUGCUCUGAUUGGCCAACUGACCCAGUGCAUU